GCGCGCUUCACAGUUUCAAGCAACAACUCCUUCAUUUGCUUUAGCUUUUAAGCCACCUUUUUCUACUUCUCUACUACUUUGGUUCAUCAUAUAUAUAUAUAUAUGGGGCUGGAUCUUUUCCUCUCAACGACCCACAAUAAAGGGUUCGAUCCAAAAGAGAUGCUGGGCUUGAAACCAUGGAACCAUGAUGAUUGUUUAUUGGACAAGAAGCGAAGCUUCGAAGACGCCUCUGGAAAGCUGAAAAAAGACUUAUCACAAACUUUGCCUUUGCUUUUAUGGAGUGGCCAGCCUAAUGACGAAGAUGAUGACAAUAGAGAAAAGAAGAGACUUAACUCUUGUCCCCUUACCAAAAUUAAUGAAGAGAUAGUGGAAGAGGAUGAUCAUGUAGUGGGUUGGCCACCCAUUAAAUCAUGGAGGAAGAAGGUGCUUCGCCAGCAACAAGCUCCCCGGAUUUUCAAGAAUCGCCUGGCUGCUGCUGCUUCUUGGAAAGAAAAUAAUGGUGGGUUAAAUUCCAAGUAUGUAAAGGUGAAGAUGGAAGGAGUGGCCAUAGCAAGGAAGAUUGAUCUAAGGCUUUUCCACUCUUAUCAGACACUUACAAACUCCUUGAUCACCAUGUUUGACAAAUGCCUAGAACUUGAGAAAGAUAGUACUGCAAAGUACACAUUGGCAUACCAAGACAAAGAUGGAGAUUGGCUACUUGCAGGAGAUGUUCCAUGGCAGAACUUCAUAAAGUGUGUGCAGCGUCUGGAGUUACUGAGAAAUGAGUUCAGUGGAUGCCCUGAGCAACCUGAUAGAUUAUGGAACUUAAGAGGCAAGCUAAAGAUUAUUACUGAUCCUUGUGCUCAGAAUGCAGCAUGGCCUAAUGAAAAUGCUAAUCCUCGAGUUGCUUGUGACUGCCUUGGAAACAUCUGCCAUAUCACUUCUCUGAAGAUUUAUGCUUUAGACAUUUCUGGUGAGAUACCCAGUCACCUGUUUGUUCUUAAGGAGCUAAUGCACUUCUGGGCAUCUGAUAAUCUCUUUAAUGGAAAACUGAUGCGUGUUGUUGCACACAGGCAACUACAAGGUACAUCACUUGAAGGUCCAAUCCCAAGCAGUUUUAGUGCUCUAAACAACCUGGGAGACUUGAGAAUUAGUGAUCUUAGUGGUGAAGAUUCUUCUCGAGUUAAGAAAAACGUAAGAAAUUUGUCCAUAUUAGUCUUGACAAACUGCCUACUUUCAGGACAAAUUCCAAAACUCCUUGGCACAUUUUCUAAGUUGAAACUACUGAUGAUUGUUGGAACUUCCAUUAAUGCAAAUGGCUUACAGGACAGGUCAGAUUGUUCUGGAGACUCAAGAGAUGUUUCUGGGAUGUUGUGAUGCCUUCAAGCUGACUUAAAAUGCAGAAACAAAGUUGCAUCCUCUUCAUUCUCUAUCAAGUGUGAAGGCACAGGGCAAACAUCCGCUGUUGGAAAUUUCAUCUCAAACCCUGCACCCAAAUAUAUAGUACAGACAGAUUCUCAGAUCAUUGAAACUUAAGAGUCUGAGCAGUAUUAGACAGCAAGAAUUUCGCCAAGUUCGCUAAGGUACUAUGGUCUUGGCUUAAAGAAUGGGAGAUGCAGCGUUGAGCUUCAACUUUGCGCAGAGACAGUAAUGGAUGAUGUCUCUUAGUCUUGGAAAGGCCUUGGGAGGUGUUUAUUUGAUGUAUACAUUCAGGGCAAGAGAGUUCUCCAGGACUUCAACAUACAAAAAGAAGCUGGUGGAUCCAAAAGAGCCAUGAUUAAAACAUUCCAGGCAAACGUGACAAACACCAUCAUGGACAUUCACUUGUUUUGGGCUGGGAAAGGCACUUGCUGCAUGCCAUUUCAAUGUACAUACAGACUGUCAGCAAUUCAUGUUUCACAAGUCUCUGAUAGUACAGAAUCUUCCAAGCGGAACAAGAAGCAAGUAGGAAAACUUGUUGGGAUAGCAGUAGGACGUGCAGCUGGGCUAGUGAUAAUCUCUUCUAUAUUCUAUCCAUGGUCGACGAGGGAUUCACCUAAACGCAUCCUCUCUCACAGAUAGGGCUGAGCAGAAUUCGGUUCAAACCGAAAAACUGAAUCGAACCGAGUCAAUUCGGUUUAAUCGGUUCGGUUUUAAAAUUUAAUCGGUUCGAUUCAAUUUUAAUUUAUAGAAAUUUCAGUUAUUUCGAUUCGGUUCGGUUUUAAUUUAUAAAAAUUUCUGUUAUUUCGGUUCGGUUCGGUUUUGAAAAGAAAAAAAUCGAUUAAACCGAACCGAACCGAAUAGUGAUUUAUAUAGUUAAAUCGAACCGAAUCGAUUUUUGAAUUAAUUUAUUUUUAUAUAAAAUUUAUGAAUUAUGUUUAAUUUUAUA